AACUGGGAAGAGGUCUCUUCACACCGAUGCUGUGAUAAUGUUUCAAUGACAGUGAUAACCACAUUCAACGACCCUUCCAUUGUUGAUUUCAAGUAUGAUGAGGAUGAGAUCCCAGGUGACAGGCCGUUUUCACGGCAUUUAAUCGGGCCAAAGACCACGGUCCUGAAUGAUAGGCUGUUGGGCUACUCGUGGGUCACUAUAUGGAAGACCGGGCUUGACUGUGGUCUGGUAAGGCCCACCACACCAUGA